AGCCUUUGAUAACUUGGUGAGCUCGGACAAUAAUAAUAAUUGAAUUCAUCAUGUAUAUCAAAAGUGUUUUAUUUGCUUCCGUUUUAGUUGUUUUAAUUAGUGCCAGUUGUGCUACUUGGAGGGCUUGUGAAACUGUCACAAAUGGAGUGGUUUCAUCAGUGGUCGUUUCGAAAUGCCUCCCAAACGCGAAGCGCUGCAUCCUCAAAAGAAACACCAACGCUUCGAUGGAAAUUGAUUUCACGCCAGAUAUCGAUGCAGACAAAAUCACAGCAGAAGUGAAGGGUUACAUCUUAGGAGUGCCAGCGCCGUUCAACCUACCGAAUCCGGACGGAUGCACCGAUUCGGGCAUCACCUGUCCUAUCAAAGCCAGUUCAACUUACAAAUACAAAGCUCAAAUACCCAUUUUGCCUUCCUAUCCGAGAGUAACCGUUGAUAUCCAAUGGAAACUGAAAGACGGUGAAGGCAAAGACAUUAUUUGCGCUAUGAUUCCAGCAAAAAUUGGAUAAGAAUGGAAUGUUUUUCAUUUAAAAAAUCUUUUUCGACUUAAAACAACUUACGUUAAUUAUAGUCCAAACAAAUAAAAUAUUGUUUUA